AUUUAAUUUUUUUAGGUUAUGUAUGUGUCAAUUCUUUUAGUUACAUACACGUCAACUGCUACAAUUUUCCAAAUACUUUCAAAAAUUGGUUCAAUAUUUAAGACUUUUUGAGCCCUAUGUUAUAAUCAUGGACUUUUUCAAAAGUAUUCCUUUACAUAUGGAUUUUGAGGGACAGCAUAAAGCAGAAAAACUGUCCAGGAUAAUAAUUGCUCUCUUUGGAAUCGUAGGCUUAAUUUGGGGAUAUGCCAUUCAGCAGUUAUCGCAAACUGUUUACAUUCUAGGAUCAGGGUUCUUACUUGCCAGUAUUCUGACUAUACCACCUUGGCCAAUGUACAGAAGAAAACCACUGAACUGGCAGCCAGCAAGAGAUGUAGACUCGACCACAAACAACACAAAAUCUAAAAAAAAGAAAUAAAUUACUACUUACCUAUUCCAUUGCAUUUAAUAACAUAAUGAUUGUCCUUAAUGGUUCGCACAUAAGAUAUAAUGAUUUUUUUUUUAAUAUAUUAAAAACAGUACAACACUCCAAACAAA